AAAGGAAUUCGUUGCGCUGCAGUCUUUGUAAACUGCUUAUUUGCAGCGUCACAGUCAGCGUUUGCACACCUAGCCUGACACCAUGGCCCUUUCUAUGCGCAACAUGCAAUGCGGACGUGUGAGCUCCCGGCAAGCCGUUGCGCGGCCCUGUGUCGCAGUCCGCCCCGCUCGGACGAUGCCGAUUGUGCGUGCUAACGCCGCCACGCCCGCUGAGGCUCCCAAGGCAGUGUCCACGGAGAAGACCGGACCCAACUUCAAGGCCCUACGUGACAUCAACCAGAUCAUGCAGACCCUGCCCCACAGGUACCCCUUCCUGCUGGUGGACCGUGUGGUGGAGUGGGAGAAGGAGAAGUACGCUGUGGGCUACAAGUGCGUCACCAUCAACGACAACUUCUUCACCGGACACUUCCCGGAGCGACCCAUCAUGCCGGGUGUGCUCCAGAUCGAGGCCAUGGCCCAGCUGGCGGGUAUCGUGAUGCUGGACCCCGAGGACACGGCGGCCAAGGGGCUGUUCUUCUUCGGAGGCAUCGAGGGCUGCCGCUUCCGCAAGCCGGUGGUGCCGGGAGAUGUGCUGAUGAUGCGCGCCGAGGUGACCAAGUUCAACAAGCGCUUCGGCAUCGUCAAGGUGGCCGCCAGCGGCUACGUGGGUGAGGACCUGGUGGUGGAGGCGGAGCUCACGCUGGCCAUGGGGAAGCAGUGAGGGACGGGAAAUCAAUUGAAAAGCA